UUUCUGCAGGAUUUAAUACUUAAUGAAUUUUUACUAAUGAAACUUUAAAAUCUUUUCCUUUCUCUCAAUAAUACACCCUCAGUUCUUUCAUAAACAUAUGUGAAUUUUGCUGUCCAGAAUUUAGCAUGAUAACGAUUGUUUUCCAGAAUCUCAUUAUUAUAUAGCCUUAACACCCCUAAUUUCACUAAUUCAAGAGAUAUCCCAAAAUGUUGUUUCAGCUGAAAGCAGAUAUCCUCGAUUCAGGAGAACUCUAGAAUGUUCUCUCCCAGAACUAUCAGGAAACAAUCUGAAAAUACUUUGCAGAUGGGAUACACCACACUGACUCAAAACUUCAUUGCUCCAAGUGGUAGAAGGGAUAAUGCACAGGAGAUGAAGAUACCUAUGAGGAAAAGGCGCAACAGGUUCAGAAUAUUCUCUCAAAAGAAUAGACAACAAGAAAGAAACGAUCAACUCAGAAUUCGUAAAUUACAAUCUAUUAAGAUCUCGCCUCAAAACAUGAGAGUUAAGAUAA